AUGGCCCGAAGGAGCCGGGUGGAUGGUUGCCAGGUACAAGUCCAGCUGCAAGAGGAACCCCUGGCAGUUCGCAGCCGUCCCAUUGUAUUCCUGGGGAAGGGAGAGACGAAUCCCACUGGGACCAGGAGAAAGAGGGGCGUGUAUUGGAGAUCCCGGCUGUGCUGGUGGAGGUGCUGGGAGAACUCCCUGUCUCUCCCAGCGGUCCAUUGUCUGGGCAACGUGGUCCAUCGCGGUGCCAAGAUGGUGGAGCAUUGCUGCGUGCUCCUGGACGCGCUCCUCCACCCCUAUACCCGGGGUAGGCCAACACAUGCCUCCUCUCUUGUGCUCAACCCUCCCAGAGUGGUGUUGAGAUAUGGAGAUUCAGUCUCAGUCAACUGCAGCACAUCAUCCACAGACCAUGAGGGGAUAGGCUGGGAGGACACAUUCGGAGGUACAAGUUUUGAACAAGAUGUCAACAUUGUCACCUGGACUGUGGAUAACCUUACUGAUUGGACAAUAGAACCUACAUGCUACAUUACUCUCAUUGACAGCAAACAACCCUCAAAAGUACUUCCAGUCAUUCUCUACAACACUCCAGACAGCGUCUCCAUCUCUGUUCUGAGACACUCUGGUCCCAUGGUGGAGGGGACACAGUACCAGCUGCAGUGUGACAUCCAGAACAUCGCUCCUCUACAGAACCUGGUUGUGAAGUGGUACAAAGGGAAUGAACCCUUAGAUAAUGUAACUUACAGUACUGUCAGUAAGACACCAGUGGAUGUGUCAAAUACUCUGAUGAUCAGCCCCAGUAGAGAUGAUGAUGGAGCUCAGUAUAGAUGUAGAGCAGAACUGGACCUGGGACCAGAGGGGCCACAACCCCAUCCUACAGUGACAUCAGAACCUCUCAGCAUUACUGUGCACUACCCUCCCAACCUUUUCCAGACCUGAAGCUGAGACCCUGGACAUCAGAGUGGGGGAGGAAAUCACCUUAAACUGCACAGCUACUGGAAAGCCCACUCCUCUGUACAGCUGGCAGUCUUCACAUGUCCAAGAAGCUCUUUUCACACCCGCCUCCAAGCUCCCAGGAACCUACACCUGCACUGCCUCCAGUCAGAUAGGCAAGAUCAGCAAGACUUUCACUGUGAAUCCCAAACCUAUAGGGGGCAGAACAACGUUCUGGGUCAUCAUAGGAUCGGGCCUGGGCCUGACCUUUGUAGUCGUGAUUGUCUAUGUCGUUGUCAAACAGAGAGCAGGUCCCAACUCCAUCAUCUGACCAGGCCAGAGGAAGAGAAUUUCUAUCGUCAAUGUGACCAGCAGGACUUCCUCAACAGACACUGUAUGAAUAAGAAUGGUUGUUUACUGAAUUAUUCUGAUGGAACGCUCCAAUCCUGCAUGGCUUAUAAAUCCAAAGAGUGCUUUCUAUUAGCCUACUCCAACCAAUAGCUUUGUGCCAUUUGUAUGUGGUGUUGUUUUGAAUGAGUCUUGGGCUGUGUCGGUGUGAACAUGUGGCGCGAUACUACAAAGCAUUCAUUCACAGGCAUGUGUGUCCUGUUUUAUUAUUUGUUUUAUUAUCAAGCAUGUCUGAAUGUAGUCUCUCUUCUCACGGCCAUUGUGUCUCUGUCACGGAUGUAAAGCGGCUGGGAAAACAGGCUAGCCUGAUCGCUGUAGUCUGAUGACAGCAACAAGUAAUCUUAUGUGACUAUACUAUGAGAAAUGAGCCAUGCAAUGCAUCACUUCCUAUCUAAUUCUUUUUUAAUUUUCUUGUUGCUCUCAAUUGGUGCUACCAGAGCCUUUUAACCGAUUUAAGUUUACUGUUCCAAGAGCCACAGGAAGCUUCUCUUCACUAUUGCUCAUUUUGUUCUCUGCCCACACUCUUCCAUUUUAUCUCUCUCUUUUACCUUCACAGCACCCUUGAUUCUCAGUAUUGUCAGUAUGUUUGAUGAUAGCUUUAAUCGUUUGUCUUUCACUUUCUCAACCUAUAUCCGUGGACCAUAGGGAAGUGGACAUACAUACCGACAUGAACCCCAUGGACGCAGUCUCAGGCCUGUGAGGAGAGAAAGGCCACUAAUGUGUUUUUAUCCAUCUCAGGUAUUUUAAUAGGCUACACAGUCAUAUAUCACCAUAGGUGGCUCACAUGGUCCUUUAAGAAGUUGCUAAACUGUGUUAAGUAGAAACAAUUCCCUGAUGAUGAUUUUGUUACUUGCCAAUUCUUUCUGUUUUGACAAGAGUGCAGUGUCACAGUUCUUCAAUAGUUGUAUUUUUUUGUUGAAUCACAAUCAGAGAUUUGGGUUUAUUUUUUAUAACCAUUUUUUUAACCAAUUCAUGCUAGAUAUUUCAAGGUCUGUUUACAGUUUUAAGUGCAAAGUAUGUUCAGUUCACAUUGCACAGGGCUGGAAUAGCAUUGGUACAGUUGGAAAUGGUGCUUGUAAGUUGCACAGAACACUAUUUUGAGUUGCCCGAUGUAAAACUAGCUUUUUACAUGUGAUGUUUGUGUAUUGUGUCGCUAACUAACUAUGUGUAUAUUGUCCAUUUGAUUUCAGCACUGAAUGUUGUUAUAUGGCGUCUUUAACAGCCGCUAACACUCAUUCUCUAAAAAAAUUGUCAGCUUGCUUAUGUUUAUAUGACCUGUGAUGUGUUUCCAUCUGACUGCU